AUGGAGGAGGUCGUUCGACUGUUGCCCAGCACCACCCAAGGAGUGUCGAAUGGGAAAACUGCCCAGUCGGGCGAGGGACGAGCAGCCCGGGUGGCCUGUGAUGGGCGAACAGCCCCGGUGGUCUACAAUGGGCGAGCAACUCCCGUAGUCCGCAAUGGGCGAGCAACCCUUGGGCUUUGGAAUAGGCGAUUAGCCCCUGAGCUUUGUGAUGGGCGAGCAGCCCAUAAGGUUCGUGAUGGGUGA